AUGAUAUAUGAGAUACCCAAAUGGUUCAUUUCUACCAUAUCAUAUAAAUAUAAAUUUAUUGAAAAUAUUGCAUAGAACUCCAUUGGGAUUGAAACCUGAAAUUCUAUCCUUCUUUUUUAUUUUUUUGGUUUUUUGCCAAAAGUCCAUCCAAAAAGCACAAGUUUUGCAGCUAAUCCCACCGAAAUUAAUUAGUCCCACUUUGUGUUUUUCCAAAAACCACUUUCCCAACUUGGAUUUGCAUUUUCUCAGAUCCAUUACAAAGAUUGCUGACACCCAUCUUUUUUAAUAAUUUGUUGGGUUUCUUGGGUUGAUCACUUAGUUAUGGGUUUCUUUGAUUGUUUAUGACUGUUUUUUUAUUGGGUUUUCCUUUUUGAGCAAUAAAAAAAGUUGAAAUUUUGAGGAUGAGAGAGACUUUGUGUGCUCUACGCAAUUCCUGACGUUGUGGAUGAUGGUUUUGGAUUUUUUAGUUGCUUCUACGUCUUGUACACUAACUGGGUUCUAGCUCGUUGGUUGGCUGAAUCAUCAUCAAGUUCAAUUUUUGGAUUGCUUCUCUUCUAAAAGCUUCCGAGGUUACACAUUUUUGGAGCACAAAGUUUCUUCUUUGGACAAGAUUUUGUUUUGUAUGGUAAUCUGCUAUCAAAUUAGGAAAGCGGAGGCUUUCGUGGGUUGUAUUAUGUUAGUGGAAAUGCUUUUAUGAGAAGGAUUGGGAAUGCAAUUGGAGAUUUUGUGAUUUAAGGAGUAUGGAUGUUCAGAAUACUUCUCAGCCUGAACUGGCGAAAUUGGAAUACAUUGUUUCCCAAUUUCUUCUGAAGAGUUUGCACAUUAUUUUGGACUCUAGAAUUCCUUCCCUUCAUCCACAUGAUCGUAGUGGUGAUCUUUCAUCAGUUCCUCGAGUGAGAAAGAGUGACAAAUGGUUCAACUUAGUACUGGGAGAUCGUCCUGCAGCUCUAGAUAAUUUGAACUUUUGGCAUAAAAAUGUUAUGGAUCCGAUGAUAAUUGACAUAAUACUUGUUCGGGAAGGGCUUGGUUCUUCAUCUGUGGACAAUCUCUGUAGUACUAAUACAGUUGGGACGUCUGUUGAGACGGUGAUAGAGAGAUGGGUUGUUCAGUAUGAAAAUCCUCGGGUUGUGGUUCCUCAUGUAGGGGAAACUUCUGCCUCCUACAAGAAGGUAUAUAAGAAGUCAAUCAUACUUUUACGUUCUCUGUAUUCGCAAAUGAGGCUUCUCCCAGCAUACCGGGUUUUUCGACAGCUAAAUACUUCUAGGCAUGCAUACAAUUUUGGCAUUAUUUACAAGGUGUCCUCAUUUGGUGAUCCAUUCUCAAGGGCAGAAGAGGAAUUGAUGGAGGAAUACAGUUUCACUCCCAUAGAGGCGCAUCCUGGUCGUCUUUGCGUGUCUGUCAGUUACCGCUCAUCACUAUCUGAUUUCAACCUUGAGUCUUCUAUAAUGAUGCCACCUAAGAUAAUUACCGAUUACGUGGGCAGCCCCGCCACCGACCCGCUAAGAUCUUUCCCUUCUUCAGACAAGGGUGUUAGUGCAACUUCUUUCCCAACGAGAGGAAUAAGACCUCCAUCUUCUACACCUCUUCAACGUCCACAUAGCUGGACUAGUGGUUUUCACAGAGCAGCUCCUUAUAUGCAGAAUCAAAUCCUUGUUGGGUCGCCACCUGCAUAUCGUCCAUCUCCAAUGUCAUAUGAUUAUCCAUCACCUCCUACUGAUAUGGGCAGUAACAGAGCCCAGAACUACAGACCCCUAAUCAAUCAAAGGGCUUUUAAUUACGAUGAGUAUCAGCUUUCACCUCCCUUUUCGCCAUCCCCAUCCCCAUCUCCCCCAACAUACUUCUCAAGUGGAACUCCUAAUUCAGGGCUAACUCGUAUGCAUUCAGAAACUGCUCCUGUAACUAUCCCACUUCCAAUGGCAGGCCGAAGCUCGAGAUACCUUUCUCCCAAUUUUUCUGAUUCAAGCAGAAAUUCACUUCCUCCUUUAUCUCCCAGAAGCACAAGAACUGAUCAAUCUUCUCAGGAGUCUCCAUCAGGAAUCAGGUCAUUUAGAAAAUUAGAGCUUUCAAGGGCUGGAGAAAUGCACUCCGGGGUAACAAAUCAUUAUGCUGGUCAGAAGGUCAUAAAAGACAGCAAAGAUGAUUCAGGUAGGUUUUCAGGGCCAUUAUCUUCUUGUGACUCACCUCGAAUUGGAUUUUCUAGAAGCUCUAGCAGAUUGUCUUUGCAGGAUGACUUGGACGAUUGUGACUUUUCUUGUCCUUUUGAUGUUGAUGAUGUCGAUACAUCAGAUUUUCAAGCCAGUCAAAAUGUUGAUGGCAAAAAUGCCUCUGAGUCCACUUCACAGUCACUGCCAAAAACAUCGCAAGGCGCUGCUGUUGGUGUUCUUGUUCACAUGUUGAGGACAGCACCUCCUCUGCGCCAAGAUGCAAGUUGUUACUCAUCCCACUCCUUGAAGCCUGAACCCGGUGAAGGGCUUUCUACAGCUUCCGACUUCUUCGUGCCUCGAAAAACAGCAGAUGCUCUUGAAGAGCUUAACAGUUACAGAGAAAUGAAAGACCUUCUUCUCUCUAAGAGUGGAAUUAGGGUGGUCACAAAAGAAGCAUAAGGUGCUUCUCUGGUGUGCCGGAUAAUCAAUGCCCUUGUAUGGGGAGGUGUAGAGUCAGUUGCCAGUAUCAGAUAAACAAAGCAUAGUUUUUUCCUUUGAAGGGAGGACUAACAGACUGUACAUAUUGUGGUUGAGAAUUGAAUCUUGAUCAUUCUACUGUUUUUAGGAACUUUUAGUGUAACUCUCUCUGUUGUAAACUUUGCUAGCUUUUGUAAUCUAUAUACUGUGUGAUCUUUGAAAUGGGAGAGAAAUGGAAUGGGUUACUUGCUUUUCA